GUCAGUGACUGCAGCCGGCUGGAAGAAGGCGGCACUGAGUUUCCUUGGGAGGGCUGCGCGUCGGGCGCGUCUCCCCUCCCCCUUUCCCCUCUUUUGCCACUAGCCUUGGACUUAGUUGUUGCACGCAAUCGGCUCCCGUUGAACUAGCAGUUCUGGAGAGGUGACGGCUGGCGGAGGUGAUGCCUGGGGGCCCUCCCUUGACAGCCCGGGCCGGGAAGAGUCUCUGCAGGAGGUAUCACCCAGGCUGGCAGAUCAUGGUGGCAGCAGUGAGGGUGGCUGGGAAGUGAAAAGGAGCCAGCAACUGAGGAGGGGCCCCCAACAGCUCCCGAAGAUCCUAUCAGGACAUGGAGUAUGAAAGACGAGGUGGUCGUGGUGACAGGACUGGCCGCUAUGGAGCCACUGAUCGCACACAGGAUGAUGGUGGAGAGAACCGCAGCCGGGACCAUGAUUAUAGAGACAUGGACUACCGCUCCUACCCCCGAGAGUAUGGCAGUCAGGAGGGCAAACAUGAGUAUGAUGACUCAUCUGAAGAGCAAAGUGCAGAGAUCCGUGGCCAGCUGCAGUCCCAUGGUGUCCAAGCACGGGAGGUUCGGCUGAUGCGGAACAAAUCCUCAGGUGAAUUUUCGUUCCCAGUGCCCUCCCCUUCUGCUGACCAACCUCAGCCUCCAAAACUCCCUUCUGCCUCUGCCUUUCCCUCCCUCUUCCCCUCCCUAUGCCUCUUCCUGCCACAGCUGGGAAUGGGCAGCUUGGGGAGGGUGCCCUCUCUUUUUCUCUCCCACCCCCACUCUCACAGCUCCAGCCAACAGCCUCUACAGGAGGGCUUGUCCUGAAGAGGGUACAGCUCU